AUGCCGUCCACAACCACUCUCCUGACCUGCCUCCUGGCAGUCAGCGCUUCUGUCUCCGCCGUCCACUCUUCUCGGUCCUCCCACUCCACCACCGCCACCACCUUCACCACCAUCACCACCACUCACUCCUCCCACACCUCCCACACCUCUCACGCCGCCUUCUCCUCUUCCUCCUCCUCUUCCGGCUCCUGUUCCGUCCAGUCCGGCGUCCAGCAGACCUUCUACGGCUACCCAGACAACUCUCCACCCGGCGCGGGCAUCGCGUACACGCAAUGCGGACGCUCACAGGCCGGCGGCACAGGCACAUACGACGACCCGCUGACCAUGGCCACGGCAUCAGGCGAGCUGAAUGUCUGCGAGGUCGUGUACGCUCCGUACCUGAAGAAAUACCUGCGCUACGAGGACGAGUGCGCCGAGUGCAACUCCGACUGGAAGAACGGCAACAAGUGGCACAUCGAUACCUGGACCGGUAGCUCCACGGUCAACGGCGGGCAGAAGCAGAUCGACUGCGAGGACAGCCUGACGCCGGACGCGGCCCAGUCGAUUAUUCGCAAUCCGAGCAAGGAUCUGCCUGUUGAUAGUAUACAAGUCACACCUACCCGUCGUACGACGUUGGCACGUACUGCAGCUCUUAAGCAGGGUUUAAUUAAUUCAGCACUGUCUGGAUUGACUGGUAGUGGUGAUGACGGCAGAUGUCAACGUCCUUACUCUUAG